AUGUCGCGGCCCGCGUCGCCGGGUUGGAGGCAGGUCUCGCCCCGGGGCCAGGGCGACGCUCCCAGGGCGCUGAGCGGGGGCCCCACGGGCGAGGACGAAGAUAGUGGGCCAAAACUCUCGGCAGGGCGCCCGGAGCUCGCGGCCGCGCGGCAGCGCCUCGCCGCUCUCGGUGGCGAGGACGGGGCGCCGCCGCGGGGCUCCCCCGCCGCCCCCGUGGGGGCCGAGGCGGCGGCCGGGCGCGGCCCGGAGCGGACGGGCACGGGGCACGCUGCGGCGCGCCAGGAGCCGUGCCAGGGGAUCGGCGCGGAAGGAAUGAGCGAGAGAUUCCGCGGCGACGUCGCGAGGCUCGGCAAGGAGCUGCAGAUGUGGCAGGAGGAGUGCGAGGCCCAAUGCAGGGACCUCGGGAACCUCCGCGCCGAGGUCGGCGGCCUCGACGGCAGGCUGCAGCUCUCGAGGGAGGAGACCGCCGCGGUGAGCAGGGAACUCGAGGGCUCCCGGCUCGCGCUCUCCCACGCGCGCGGCGAGGUGGCGAGGCUGCAGGAGGAGGCCGCGAACUUGCGCAGGGAGCUCGACCAGAGCCGCGGCGAGGGUGCGGGCCUGCGCUGCGAGCUGAAGGGGGCGGAGGCGGCGGCGGCCGACGCGAGGCGGGACGGCGAGGCCUUGCGCGGGGAGUUGCAGCGGUGGAAGGAGGAGGCCGGCAGCGUGUGGCGGGAGCUCGAACAGAGCCGUAGCGAGGGCGCGGGCCUGCGCUGCGAGCUGAAGGGGGCGGAGGCGGCGGCGGCCGACGCGAGGCGGGACGGCGAGGCCUUGCGCGGGGAGCUGCAGCGGUGGAAGGAGGAGGCCGGCAGCGUGUGGCGGGAGCUCGAACAGAGCCGUAGCGAGGGCGCGGGCCUGCGCUGCGAGCUGAAGGGGGCGGAGGCGGCGGCGGCCGACGCGAGGCGGGACGGCGAGGCCUUGCGCGGGGAGCUGCAGCGGUGGAAGGAGGAGGCCGGCAGCAAGUGGCGGGAGCUCGAACAGAGCCGUGCCGAGGUCGGCGGCCUCGACGGCAAGCUGCAGCUCUCGAGGGAGGAGACCGCCGCGGUGAGCAGGGAACUCGAGGGCUCCCGGCUCGCGCUCUCCCACGCGCGCGGCGAGAUGGCGAGGCUGCAGGAGGAGGCCGGCAGCGUGUGGCGGGAGCUCGAACAGAGCCGUGGCGAGGGCGCGGGCCUGCGCUGCGAGCUGAAGGGGGCGGAGGCGGCGGCGGCCGACGCGAGGCGGGACGGCGAGGCCUUGCGCGGGGAGGUGCAGCGGUGGAAGGAGGAGGCCAACAGCGUGUGGCGGGAGCUCGACCAGAGCCGUGGCGAGGGCGCGGGCCUGCGGGUGGAGCUGCGGGCCGCGAGGGAGGAGGCCGAGGCCUCACAGAAGGAGGCUUGCGACCUCAGGCAGGACAACGGCGCCCUGCGCGAAGAGCUGCAGCGGUGGAGGGAGGAGGCGGGGAGCGCGCUCGGGGAGGCUGCCGAGUGGAAGCGCGAGUGCGCCGCGCUCGGCAGCAAGCUGCAAAGGUCGCAGGAGGAGGUCGAGGCCGCGCAGAAGGACCUGGCGGACAGCCGCGCCGAGUUCGCUGGCUCGCGCCAGAGGAUGCAGGAAGACAUCGACACCGUCCGGAAGGAGCUGGCGGAGAGCGGCGUGAAGUGCGCGCGCCUGCGCGGCGAGUUCCUGCAGGAGCAGGAGGAGGGCACCGCCGCGGCGAACGAGCUCUCGGAGCUCCGCAUCAGCCUCGCACAGCUGCAGCAGGAGCUGGAGGCCACGCGGAGGGCGCUCGCGGAGACUCGCGCCGAGAAGGAGAGGGAGCACGAGCAGUUGACCAGCGCGGUGGCCUCCCGCGACGUCGAGCUUAGCACCGUCCAGAGGGAUCUCGGCAAGGCCACGGCGGACGCGGAGGCGCUCCGGGCGCAGGCCAGGAGCGCCGCGGACUCUCUGUCGCGGCGCGACGCCGAGCUGGUCAAGGCGAGCCAGGAGCUGAGCAGAGCGAACCUCGACUACCAGGCCAAGGCCCUGCAGGUCGGGCAGCUCGAGGACGCGGUCCACUCGCUGACGUCCCAGCGCGACCUGAUCUCGGCAAGGUGCGAGAACCUCGAGGCCGCGCUCCACAACUCCCACAGCAAGCAGGCCGACCUCUCGACCGAGCUGGGCGCUCACAAGGAGCGGGCCGAUAAGCUUCAGCGCGCCCUGCUCGGCGGCCCCAUCGCAGGCAGCGUGGCGAUGCAGCACGCCGACAUGGCCUCGGACUCGACCCGAGCCCACAGCCGCGCUGGGAGCGCGUCGGCCAGGACCUGGUCCACCGCUCCGCCCUCCAGCGGGCGCAAGCAGUGGGCGCACGCUGGCGCCUCGCAGCAGUCCUCGCCCGCCGGCGGGCGCUACCAGUGGUGGGCGCCGCCUCCCGCGGCAUCCCCGCUGCCGCGGCUGGGCCGGCCGGCGUCGGCGCGCAGCGGCCACUCCGCGCUGGCGGCGGCCGCCGGCGAGGCGGCGUGGCAGCGGGGAUAGAGGCCCCCUUUCGCGCCAAGGAGGGUGGGCCUCGGGAUGUGUAGGGCUCGCUCUGCGCCGUCGGGGCUCCCCCGGUGGGGCGGCCCGCCGCUCGGCGCGAGCGGCCUGCGCCGGCGGCCGCUCUCGCCGGCAGGCCCGAGAACGGGCGAGGCGCGCGCGAGCGCGGGCGGGCUGGGCGCCCGCCGGCCCCCCCAGGGCAGUGCACGCCGACUCGCUGCCCGCCGGGCGCGUGGCGGAGUGUCGGGCGGUGGCAGUGCACUGGCCGCUGGCGCCGGGCGCGGGCGCUGCACGGGCCUGAGGGCGCCAUUCGAAGGCUUCUCUUCCUCACACCAUCGUCGGGCGAUGGUAUGGGGUCGGCUCUGCCCCGCUUUUUCCCAGAGUCAGCUUCCCCACAUUCUGGGUGGGGUUCUUGUUGUCCCCAGGCCGUCCAGCUCUGCUCUUCGCUUCUCCUCCUCUU